AAAGUAAAUUUUUUAGCAGCGUUGCAGAUUUUUUUGCAUUUUAAUUUUAAUUAUUUUUACUGAGAAAAAAAGAAUGCUUUCUAACUAGUUGUACGCGAAACCCCAGUGAAGUGGUCAAUUGUUCAAGUUGGCGUAUUGAGGGCAAAGUUGAGAAUCGAGUGCAGACGUUGCAAAAACAAAGGACGCAGCCGGAAAAGUGCGAAAACAGACGCCGCUGAUAUGCACAAGGUGCCGACAGCCCCGCGAGUAUUCGGCGGCAGAUGACAAGGACAACGCACAUGGCGGCAGGAAUACAGCAGCAGGAGCAGCAGCAGCAGGGAUACGGAUACAGGAAGCGGCGGCCAACAGGAUAUUGAGCCAUCAACACUAGCCAACAAAGCAAACGGCAACGGUAACAGCAGCAGCCCGAGGGAAUACAACCCACUGUGAACAAAAGGACAAGCCCCACAAAUGGCCUCCACGGUAGUGGGAUCGGGAAUGGCAACGGGAACGGGAACGGUAACGGGAACUGGUCCUGCUGUAGCCACCAGGGAGUUUGUCGAGGGAUGGACCCUGGCCCAAACUCUAGGCGAAGGAGCCUACGGCGAGGUGAAGCUGCUAAUCAAUCGUCAGACCGGGGAGGCUGUGGCCAUGAAAAUGGUGGAUCUAAAGAAGCAUCCGGAUGCAGCCACAUCGGUACGCAAGGAGGUGUGCAUACAGAAGAUGCUCCAGGAUACGCAUAUCCUGCGAUUCUUUGGCAAACGCUCGCAGGGCAGCGUUGAGUACAUUUUUCUGGAAUACGCCGCCGGCGGAGAACUAUUCGAUCGAAUCGAGCCCGAUGUUGGAAUGCCACAGCAUGAGGCACAGCGUUAUUUCACGCAACUUUUGUCUGGUUUAAACUAUUUGCAUCAACGGGGCAUCGCUCAUCGGGACUUAAAGCCGGAAAAUCUGCUGCUGGACGAGCAUGACAAUGUGAAGAUCUCUGAUUUUGGCAUGGCCACCAUGUUUAGAUGCAAGGGCAAGGAGCGACUGCUGGACAAACGCUGUGGCACCCUGCCUUAUGUGGCACCGGAGGUGCUCCAGAAAUCGUAUCAUGCCCAGCCGGCGGAUAUAUGGUCUUGUGGCGUUGUUUUGGUCACCAUGUUGGCGGGUGAACUGCCCUGGGAUCAGCCUUCAACUGCCUGCACAGAGUUUACCAACUGGAAGGAUAAUGAUCACUGGCAAAUGCAGACUCCUUGGAGCAAGUUAGACACCUUGGCUAUAUCCCUGCUACGCAAAGUCUUGGCCACCAGUCCUGGGACACGCCUAACUCUGGAAAGGAUACUCGAUCACAAGUGGUGCAACAUGCAGUUUGCCGAGCAUGAUCGUUCCUUUGACCUGGUUGAUUCGGCGGCUGCUCUGGAUAUACGUUCGCCCAAGGCCAAGAGGCAGCGUUCAUCGAGCGCCCAUUUGAAUAAUGGUCUGGAUGAUUCCAUCUCACGGAACUAUUGCUCUCAGCCCAUGCCCACCAUGCGCACCGAUGAUGAGUUCGAUGUGAGCCGCAGCGGUCGUACCAAGGCCAAGGAUAAUGGUGGCGAUUGCCAGGAUGUGGCCCAGGAGGCACGUCUGAGUUACUGCUUCUCACAGCCGGCUCUAUUGGAUGAUCUCCUGCUGGCCACGCAAAUGAAUCAAACGCAGAGCAGCAGCGCCUCUCAGAACUAUUUCCAGCUGGUGCGGAGGAUGACACGGUUCUUUGUUACUACGCGAUGGGAUGAUACCAUCAAGAUGGUGGGCACCAUUGAAAGACUGGGCGGUUAUACCUGCAAGGUUAGUGAGGAUGGUGUGGUCACCGUGUCCACCAUUGAUAGGCAACUACGACUGGUGUUCAAGGCGCAUAUUAUCGAAAUGGAUGGCAAGAUUCUUGUGGAUUUCCGUCUAUCCAAGGGCUGUGGUCUGGAGUUUAAGAGACGCUUCAUCAAAAUUAAGAAUGCCUUGGAGGAUAUUGUGCUCAAGGGUCCCACUACAUGGCCCAUUGCGAUUGCUACCAAUUCGGUGCCUUAGUUGGUGACCUGCUCCUCCUUAAUUUUCACUACUUUUACGUUUUGUCUUAACUUGUUAGAGUUACUCAUUUAUCCAUCACCUACACUAAGCUUUAUUUACCUUUCUCCAUGUGCUAAAUUUAUCAUUAUCGAAUGCAUUAUCUUAUUACGUUUUGUACUUGUUCAGCGCAGACUCUCCUACGAUUUUAGUUUUGUUGAAUUUUAAAGCGAAUGCAAAGUAUUGACACUAGUUUAAAAGAAGUUAUUAAACAAUAAAUCUAAAAUGAUUUUGAUUGCAAA